AUGGUCAAGGUCCUCGUCAUCGGUGCCGCCGGCUACAUCGGUCUCCGCGUCUCCCAGCAGCUCCGCCAAGCAAACCAUAUCGUCUACGGAACCACCCGCUCGUCUGCCAACGAAUCCACCCUCUUCUUCAACGAAGUUAUCCCCAUCGUCGGCCCUGUCGAGCCCGAAUCCUCAGACUCCCACUCCAUCCUCCGCCCUUCAGCCACCCUCCCCUGGCUCGAAACCGUCAAGUCUGAAAACAUCGACGUUGUCAUCGACCUCUCGGCUUCCGAGAACGGCGCCAAGACCAUCCUCGAGCCCCUCAUCCGUCUCUCAAAGGACCGUCAAGCCAACCGCCAGCCCCGCAUCGGAUACAUUUAUGGCUCUGGUAUGUGGCUUCACGGAUCUGGUGACAACGUCUCCUCAGACCUCGUCCCCGUCGGCACCAAGACCUCCCUCCACCAACCCCCUACCCUCGUCGCCUGGCGCCCUGAGUUGGAGCGCGAGGUCCUGGGAUCCUACGAACACCUCUACGCUGCCAUCAUCCGCCCUUCCCUCGUCUACGGCGGCGAUGGCAAGAUCUGGGACGUCUACUUUGAACCGAUCUAUAAGGCCAUCCAAAACAACACCCCCAUCACCCUCCCCGCUGACCCCGAAGCAGGCAUCUCCCUCGUCCACGUCGACGACACCGCCUCAGCCUUCGUCGCAGCCGUCGAAAGACUCGAGUCCAUCUCGGGCAACAAGGCCUCCUACCCCGUCUAUGAUGUCACCACCUCCCACGAGAGCCUCGCCUACAUCCUUACAAAGUUUGCAAAGGAGCUCGGAUACAAGGGCCCCCAGAUUCAAUUGACCGGUGUUCCUGAGGGCAAGGGUUUCCCAGAGACCUUUAUCCAGGCUUUCAACACCAAGAAUUCGUCUGGAAGCACUCGUGCCAAGACUGUGUUGGGUUGGAGGCCUACCAAGAUUGGAUAUGCAGUUGGUUUGAAUGUCUAUGCCCGCUCUUGGUUGGCUGGCUACAAGCAGCGCUCCUCUGCUUAA